AUGUCGCAAGCAUACCCAGACGAGAAGGUUCUUGAUAUCGAUGAAAGUCAUAUCGAGGAAAUCCAGACUCUGCCUGAGCUUACUCCCGCGGAAAAGAAACGUAUCCUACGCAGGGUUGAUUGUCGACUGGUCAUCCCACUUGGAAUUAUCUUGUGUGUCAGCUUGCUUGAUAGAACCAAUGUCAGCUUUGCAAUGGUAGCUGGCAUGGAUAAGGAUCUCCAUGUGGUCGGUUCUCGAUAUACCAUUAUUAUUGCGGUUUUCUUUAUCACCUACACAAUUUUGCAGCCUAUAACCACUGUCAUUCUACGCAAAGUUGGAACGCGGCGUUUCCUCCCUGCCAUCACUCUCGCCUGGGGUAUUGUCAUGCUCGGCUCAGGGUUUAUCCAGCAGUGGUAUGAACUUGUUAUCGUCCGGAUUCUGCUGGGCUGUUUUGAGGCCGGUCUUUUCCCCGGAUGCGCUUAUCUUCUCUCUUGUUGGUACCCCCGAUACGAGCUAAACACGCGCAACGCUGUGUUUUUUAUUAUUGGAACUACCAUUGCGGCCUUUGGUGGGAUUCUUUCUUUCGGUCUGGCUGAGAUGGAGGGCCUUGGAUCAGGACAUAAUCUUGGGAAAAUUAAAAAAUCGGGGUCUGGUUGGACUCGAUCACAAGGUAUCGCAGGGUGGAGGUGGAUCUUCAUAAUUGAAGGGGCCAUCACUUGCGCCGUGGCCUUGGUUGCUUACGCCUUCAUCGUUGAGUUUCCCGAGGAUGCAACCAAAAGAGAGUGGAUGAGCUUGCCAUUCCUUGAUGAAAAAGAGGCGGCUUUUAUCAGAUCCAGGAUCGAUGCUGAUAGCCAAGAUCUUGUGAUAGAGCCAUUUUAUAUUAAAACGUAUCUUGGAUACGCGCUUGAUUUAAAAAUCUGGGGAUUUGCGACAAUAUUCUUGUGUUCCUCCGUGCAGACAUACGCCAUGUCAUAUUUCCUCCCGAUCAUCUUGAAGCAAAUGGGAUUCAGCACCAGUGCCAGUCAAUACUUGGUCACGCCACCAUACGUGUUCGCAGCCAUUUUGAUAUUUACAUCCGGAUGGUUGUCGGACAAGUAUCGAAUUCGAUCUCCGUUCAUCUUAUUCAGUGCUUGUCUAGGCGUCAUUGGGAUCCCACUUCUUGGUCUUUCUAAAAAUACCGGCGUUCGGUAUUUCGGGGCUUUCCUCAGCACAGCUUCUGCAAAUUCUAUUGUCCCCGCUGUGCUCACAUGGCAAGCGAAUAAUAUUCGUGGACAGUGGAAGCGUGCCUUUUGCUCCGCGACCUUGAUUGGCGCCGGUGGAAUAGGUGGUACCAUUGGAGGUACUACUUUUAGGUCGCAAGAUGCUCCGAACUACUUGCCAGGUACCUAUACUUGUAUCAUUGCAAGCUCCCUGGUCAUUGUUGUCUCCCUCAUUCUCGUUCUACAUUUCCAUAUCUCUAACCGACGCGCUGCGAAAUUCGGUCAAAUCAUCGAAGGGCUGGAAGGUUUCAGGUAUACACUCUGA